CUCGGCAGAAAUAUCAAAAUUUAAAAAAUGCUUACUCUGAUGUUGCUGUUUUUUCUCUUGACAUUUUUUCCCCCGACGUUUUUUCCCCUGACGAUCUUGUCGACCUUGGCUCAAGCGAAGAAUAUGAAAGCAUUACUUCUGAUGACGAUUUUCAAGAGGAUGAAAAUGAACUGGGCAAUAUUGAUGCAAAUUCGAUAAUCGAUACAAAAACAGGUUUUGAAAAAAAAGGACGCCCAGUUGUUUAUACUGGUGAUUCAAAACGGACACUGCAAAGAAAAAGAAAAAAUUUAAGGCAAGCGGCAGCGGAAAGUUCAAAAAUUACGCAGUUUUUCAUUACUGUUAACGAAGAUUCCGGAAAUGGUAACAGUACCAAAUCAGAGACUAUUGACAAGACAAUUAAAUUCGUUGAAGAACAGUUCUCUAUUUUCUCCGAUUACGGCUUAUCAAUAAAAGAAAGUCGAGGCAGCAAAUAUGGUUUCGGAGGGGAAUUAAUCCGACCGACUGCUCGGGGAAGGUUUCCAUCCAAGAGCCUGCUUAAUGACGAGUUGGUUUCUCUCCAAUUAGCUGCCUAUCUACGCACUCAGAAGUUCGAAGUUGCAGAACUUGAUCGGCUUAUGUCCAAAUGGCUUGACAAAGACUGUACAAUAAGAACAUUCCCAUGUUUGAAUAAUAAUGAAAGAGAGCACGUAUGGAUAACUCAUGAUGAAACAACCUUCUAUGCUUACGAAGGACCACGUGCUUUGUGGGGUCCUGAAAACAAACAGCCAUUACGUAAAAAAGGGAUGGGUCUUG